AUGAGCUUCCUCAUCCGUCCUUGGGCCAAAAGGGACGUCUGGGAUGUGAUGCGGCUGGUGAAGGAACUGGCGGUGUCUCACAACGCACUCCACCAGGUGACAACUUCUCCAGAAGCUCUCCAGAAGGACGGGUUUGAAAAAGACGCCAUCUUCGGGUACCUGGUGGCCGAGGUGCCCCCUGCACAAAAAAGCAAAGAAGGACACACCAUUGUCGGCUAUCAGUUCCACUACCUGACCUACUGCACCUGGGAUGGCCCAAUCCUCUUCGGCGAAGACCUCUACGUGAUGCCGGAAUUCAGAGGUAGUGGAGGAAUUCGGGGUUACCCUCAUCAAGUGGGAUCUCUCUAUGAAAAGGGAGGAACCCAAGGCCCCUCGUACAUUCCUUUUUAG